CACCAGAACACAUGGCGCGCCCUCCUCCUCGGCCUCCAACUUAAGAUGCGCAACGGACGCCCACGUGUCCGAUGCGCGAAGGCCAUGGGGCCAGGAAAAACUAGCACUCAGAAGCACCAGCCUUCCUGACCCCAGCGGCGGAUCUGGUCUAUGGCUCCGCCGCUAACCAAGAUUCGGCUGCGGAGGGUAGGGAGAGCGGCGCCUCGCAAUACCGACACUCCUCUCCCCCGCAGCCCCACCACCACCGCAUCAACGGUGCGGCCCCGUUUGAGUCGCGGAGGAUAGGGCGAGUAUCGCAUCGCCAUACCAACACUCCUCUUCCUCCGCGACUCCACCUCGGCUGCAGCGGUAGAGGGAGCGGACACCCCUCCCACCGCAGCCCACCGUCACACAUCCGAAGUGGGCUCGCCAAGUCCACUCGGAGUGGCCACCUCGGGCCGGCCCUACACCACGGGCCAGCCAAGGGGUUCCUCUUUGUUCACCGUGGCUGACCAAGCUACGGCUACUAAGCCCCCUCGCCACGACAAGGCGGGAACCCGUUCGGGGGGGGGGGGGGGGGGGGGGUAAUAGUAUCUAGUUCGAACGAUUUAUUGCAGCAUCUCAUCGAAAGGGUGAUUAAGAAAAAGUUUAUGAGAUAGGUAUUCGUUCUGAACGAGUUUUCCGAAAACAUGUGAAAGGAAAAUUGUAAACGAAAAUAUGUUUCGAAAAUUAGUAAACGAAUGCCUUGUGUCCUGCAAAACUUUUUAACAUACUUGACAUACAUAUGUACGAUUCGCAAGCACUAUCAAACCAUAAACACUUAAUUAUUAAAUUAAUAAUCGAAACUUAUUUGAUUAUUAGAUUGAAGUAUGAAGCAAAAUUGUAAGAUACCUCUUAAGGAGAGCUUACGACAUUUUUACAAUAUAUUAGUUAUUUUUGGUGGAAAAUAAAAAUCACAAACUUUUUGUUUGUAGUUUUAUUUUUAUGCCCUCAUACAUAAUAAUAUUCAUUUUAUGACACAUAGUUCUGUAUCGAUAAUUGAAGUUGAUACAUGGCGCAGCAUGCACAUUGCACUCACACGGGUACAUUUCGUUUUUAGUCUCACCCUAAUCACGGCAUCGCCAAUCUAAUGUAUACUGUUAGGAAUGAGUAAAAUAAUAAAAGAAAAUAAGAAAAAUUGAAGAUGGCAACACGGCUGUGCAGCCAUUGGUAGAUCGGUCCGUGUCCGUGUUUGCUUCAGAGUAAAUUCUAAUACGAGUAACAUUAUUUUAUUUAAAUCAUUUUGAGAAUAGUUUCUAACAUCAGAAGUGGAAUAGUUUCUAAUAUCAGAAGUGGGAUAAAGUCCCUGUUACUGUCCACGUAUACACUUUAAAUAUUUUUACUCCAAAUGGGAGACGGCUAAUUGGACAUGGUCAGGUGCGUGGCCGAGCUUCGGUAAGGUUGAGGCUACGCCGCUACUAACUGCUGCAAACUGCUGUUUCUGGGCCGAUCUUACGGCGGGAUGGCCGGGUGCCCCCGAGCGCUUGGGAAACUUGAUCCUGGGAUGAGUAACAUUUAUUUAAUAAUUUUAAAUUUAUGUAAAGUCAAGUCAAGCAUUGAAUCAGGUGUUUUGUUGGAAAAUCGAAUGCGUUUGCCUGAGCAACCCUUAGAAUCGACAGAGGAUACAAAAGAGUCCAUACAGAGUUACCAAAGUGUUACCAAGUUAUCGGUACAAGUUGAAGUUAUUAUCUGAAACUAGAGGCAAAAUUACCCAUGCCGCAGCUCAGUAUAUGGUUCCAUGGAAAGGCGAAUGGUGUCCCGAGAGUUGUGUUGCAUUUUUGUUGAAAGUGUGUUUCGACUGAAUCUUUUUAAUACAUUUUCUUUUGAGUGUUACAGUAGCACGUGUGAUGUGAUUACAUGUGCGCGAGUGUGAGGCGUGUGUGCCUUGCUUGUUGGAGCUGGACUGCUGGGUUCAGCUGUAACAUAGCCUGGUUUCGGCGGACGCGUGUGCUGCACGUGUGGCGGGUGCCGUCCCGGAGCGCGCGCAUGCUGUACAUGGCGGUGCUGUGGGAAGUCGUAUUUUCUGAACAUGCAUCAGGCGCUGUCCUGGCAGGCGCUGUCCUGGGGCGCUGUGUGCGCUGAAGUCGUAUUCUGUGAACAUGCAUCAGGCGCUAACCUGAGGCGCUGUGAGCGUGGCGCCGUGUGCGCAAGCGCAGUGUGCGCGGAAGUCGUGUUUUUUUGAACAUGCAUCAGGCGCUGUCCUGGCAGGCGCUGUCCUGGGUCGCUGUGUGCGAUGCGCUGUGUGCGCGGAAGUCGUGUUUUCUGAACAUGCAUCAGGCGCUGUCCUGGCAGGCGCUGUCCUGGUUCACGUCUUUAACGUGGGAACUUGCAAGUUCAAGUACGAGUAUGUACGAGAUACUUUGUAUGGAGAUGUAUGCAUACUUGUGAAAGCGAAGUUCUUUUUUAUAGUCUGCGGUAUGAGAGCGUAUUUCUGUUUGAGGGCCUCGUAUGCGAGAUGGAUGAGAGAAUAGGCAACGGUGUAUGUUGUCCUUGUAAUUAACAACUUGUUUUUAACACACAGAUCACGACGACUACAACCCCGACCCCUGUUGUAAUAGCCACGUGCGCUUGCCUACCUAUGGAAUGUGCUACCUAUGGAAUGUGCUGUGUGUCCAUUGUGUCGUGUGGCGCUUGCCAUUCUACGUGUGGCAGCUCGGGCGCGGUAGCGGCCGCGCUGGGCGCGUCGCCGUCUGCUACUGGCGCACAGCUUGGCCUACGCCUCUACAUUCAGCUUUCUUUUUGCAAUGUGUAUAGUGGUUUGUGAGUGCCAUGCACACAGUUACUAUUUAGCGUUUCUUAUGACAUGUGUGGUGAAUUUUAGAAGUCUGGAAUUCUAUGGUUCGCAAUACAUUUAUCUUCAUUUCUUUUAAUUUUGUAAAGCAGAUUAUUUAUUUGUUUCUUGCACCUGGAACUUUUUACAUCUAUUCCAAUCUUAAAUUACUUUAGUCAUCUAUUUUGUGAAAUCGAUGUUGGAUGUACUUGAGUGCACGCUUGUGCAUCUAAUGUAAUUGUUUCCAUGUCUUUUGCUUGGACUGUUGUAUAUUUAAAAUUUUACAUAAAAACUACUUGUAGUAAAAUCCAAUAUGAAAAAGGUUUCAGGUACUAAUUAACGCUAAUUUUGUAUGUCAACAGCCACUGAGGGGUAUGCAAACUUGGUGCCUAUGCCUACAGUGUUGAAGUCUGUGUGAUACGCUAACUUUGUGUCUAUGUUAACAGCCACUGAGGGGUAUGUAAACUUGGUACCUGUCCCUACAGUAUUGAAGCUGAGACAGCUCGCUAGUGCGAGUACGCCGAGACAGCUCGCUAGUGCGAGUGCGCCGAGACAGCUCGCUAGUGUGAGUGCGCCGAGACAGCUCGCUAGUGCGAGUACGCCGAGACAGCUCAUUGCCGCGAGUGCUGCGCGAGUGCUGAACGUACCAGAACCGUUCGCUGGAUCGCGUUUAGCUGGUUGGCCUCCGUCUUCAGUGUAUCUAUGAUACAAUCUGCGCCAUGUGCACAGUGUUCCUUGGAGUAGACUUGUGUUAUCUGUAGCGCGUGUUAAGCUCUAGUAGGAAGCGUUGUAUACUAAAAUCUGAUUUGGACGAUGUCUUCAUUUCUGCAAAAACUUAGUCUGUAUUUCAUGGUCAGAAAAGGCCGAGACGGUAAACUUACAUUAAAGCCGGUAACGUUACUCUAGGCUUCACACGGGGACGUGUGAAUUGUCAGGAAAGGCCGUGUUAGGAAUGAGUAAAAUAAUAAAAGAAAAUAAGAAAAAUUGAAGAUGGCAACACGGCUGUGCAGCCAUUGGUAGAUCGGUCCGUGUCCGUGUAUUGCUUCAGAGUAAAUUCUAAUACGAGUAACAUUAUUUUAUUUAAAUCAUUUUGAGAAUAGUUUCUAACAUCAGAAGUGGAAUAGUUUCUAAAAAUACUAUAAUAUAUCUAUGGCAAAAACAAAACGUUUUUAAAUAUUUUUAUGUAUUUUGUCUAUGGCAUUAGAAAAUGAAGGUUAUUUUUUUGUAAUAAAUAGCCUUCAGUAUCAAAAAAAACUCAUAAUAUUGAAACAAUGAGGCGAAUCUGUAGAGAUUAAUAAUGAAUAAAAUAAAUCUAAAAAAAUGGAUUGAAUAGGCUGUUAUUAAACUAAGUAAAAUAUUUGAAUAAUAUUAGACACGAUUGAAUAGGCUGUAUGGUCGUUGAUCAUUGCCUGUUUUGAAGGAGACUUGGUAACUUCGAGACCGUAGAUAGAGCAUAGACAUAGCAUUAGAGGUAAGAUACUAUGUCUAUGUUCGAGACAGAACACAAUUAAGCUGAGAACAAAUUAUCGGACGCGUCCGUCAGCCGCGGCUGACAGUCGCGGCUUAGCGGUGUGCACGGUAGUUAAGACGGCGUCUUCGGACGCCUCACUUCAGUCAUUCUAUAAAGGUGUUUCAAUCGAGAAACAUGACAAACAGCGACAGCGAGGACGAAUUUAUAGAGUUAGCGGCAGCUGCCUUAUGUUGUCCUCCAAAAAAAAAAGUGAAAAGGAGUGUUUGGGUCCAUGAUAUUAAUGUAAAACGACUCGAGUAUGGUGAAUUUCAUACAUUGUAUCCAGACUUACAAAAAGAUGAUAAACGUUACAAAAUGUACUUAAGAAUGAAUGAAAACCAAUUUGAUUUUCUUCUUAGUCUGAUUGAAAAUGAUAUCGAAAAACAAAUGACACAGUUUCGGAAACCGAUAUCUGCAAAGGAGCGUCUAGUGGUGACUUUGAGGCUUUUAGCCACAGGAGAAUCAUUUAGAUCGCUAGGAUUUAGAUACAGGGUAGGAUUCAGCACAAUAAAAGCUAUCGUUCUGGAUGUAACUAUUGCUAUUUGGAAAAAUCUAAAAGAUAUUUUUAUGCCAAAACCGACUAAAGAAAAGUGGAAACAAAUUGCGAAAACGUACAGUGACAAAUGGCAGUUUCCUAAUUGUGUGGGAAGCUUGGAUGGGAAGCAUGUUAUGCUGUUUUGCCCAAAUAAUGCGGGAACGUCAUUCUAUAAUUACAAAGGCCGACAUUCUGUCGUUCUUUUAGCAUUAGUUGACGCUAACUACAAAUUCAUUGCAGUUGAUGUUGGGGCCUUCGGACGUAACAGUGACGGUGGUGUGUUUGCUGAGUCAAAACUGGGAACUUCAUUGGCGACUAACACUGCAGAUAUACCAGCAGAUACACUAUUGGAAAAUGGUGGUGAGCCCAUGCCACAUGUCAUUAUAGGAGACCAAGCGUUUCCAUUAAAACCAUAUUUAAUGAGACCAUACAGUAAAGAAGCUGUUUCUAAUAACGCAAAUAAAAAGAAUUUCAAUUAUAGAUUAUCACGUGCAAGGAGGACAGUUGAAAACGCAUUUGGCAUUUUGUCAGCAAGAUGGCGGAUAUUUCAUACAGAUAUUGAAGUACAACCAGAAAUUGUCGAUAACAUCGUUUUAUGCUGUUGUUGCUUACACAACAUGCUACGGAACGACGAAGAUGACAACAUCUUUUUGCAAGAUCUACCAAAUGGUGUACCAGAUAACUUUAUAGCAUUUGAAGGUAUUCGUAAUAAUUCUACCCGAGCAGCAUUUGUUAUUCGAGACAAGUUUUGUGAUUACUUUAGUUCCGAAAAUGGAAGUUUGCCUUGGG